CUUUGAGUCCCGUCUCCAUGGAAACAGUAACAAACAUGGCGGGUUAAACUUGUUUGAGAAAGUCAUUUUGUAUAGCCAAGACAAGAAAAGCCUAGCAAAGCAGGUACUGUUUUGUAGUUUCCAUUUAUUUAUAUUUUAAUUAGAACGGGACACAGCCUAAACUCAGCACUAAGGGCACGUUCGUUGUUUGGCUGUCUGCUUUCUAAACUACGACACGCCAUUGUCCAAGUGUGCACAAAUGUAUAUUUACAUGAAACCAGCUUGUUAGCUUCAGUUCACAACCGCGUAAAGUGCUGCCUUCCAACUGUUUAGCGACAGCGUUAAAUUUCGAAGAGGUUUGUGAAGAGCUUGUGUGGGAAGCUGUAACGUCAGCUCUAAAUCGGUGUGUUCGCUCGUGUGACUGGUUUUCAUCGGUUCGGUGAGAUGGACAGAGAGGCCAGUGGAAGCCCAUCUGAUGUGGAGUCAGACUGUUUACAGCUGCAGGAUGAUGAUCCAUCUCAGGAGACCAUUAAAGAUAAAGAACCAGCCCUUCCUCCUGACUUUGAGUGGUUAGAAGAAUUGUCCGAUGAGGAUGAUGGGGAUGUUGGUGGUGACCUUGCAGUUGCGCCCGACAUUGGUAAGAAGAGGAGUUAUGCCGAGACAGCACGGAUGUUCAAGCUGAGACGAAACCUGGACCAGCUGGACUGCUUUCACCGACAGAAGGAGCAUGACGUGCUGAAAGCCAGAGAAAAGCUGAAUCUUUGGCGUCAGAAUAUUGAAAGUUUGCUGGAGCAGAGGGAUCAUUUGGAGAGUAAAAUAGAGCAACAGAAAGCAUCAGACAACAGCAGUGUGGCAGUGUUUCGAUUGAGAACCCAGCAUAAGCAUCUGUGUCAGAAGCUGCAGAGUGAGGAGGAACUGGAGGGCCACAUCAGCGCCGAACUGAAGCAACAAGAACUGGAGCUGAGUGAGGUGGAGGUGGAGCUUGGCAAGUUCUCCUUGCUGCGACAGGAGGUGCAGGAAGAGGAGCAACUCUUCCAGGUCCUUAAAACGCAGAAGGCAGCAGCAAGGCUGCAGCAGGAGAGGAGAGUCAACCAGAACCUGCAAAUCAAGAUGCAGCAACUCAGGAAUAAACAGGCUGCCAUGGUGAAGAAGGAGGAGACUGAAUGUCAGAAGAAAAUUGAAGCGAGCCAAGCGAGCCACAAGAUAGCUGCCAAGUACUUGAAACAGACCAUUAAAAGGAUGCAUCAGCAAGAGGCUGAGAAGGAGCAGCAGAAGAGGGAGUUACUGGAGAAGAGGAUAGAGGCUGUCAAGUCACUGAAAUCAAACAUAGCAGCCACCCAAGAGAGUUUGCGGGUCCAGCAAAGCGCAGCAAAAGCAAACGUCCAGAAGAAAGAACAGCACCAAAGACAACUAAGAGAAUCCCUGCAGGCCCAAGGCAUCAACAGUAUCAAACAAAUGUACCAACUUAAACAACUACAGGAGAUAAAACAACAACAGGAGGAAUUUCAGAAGAGCCAGAAGUCAAAGAGGGUGGAGAUUAUAGAAAAAGUCCAUCAGCAGGACCAGCUGAUGAGGAGCAAAAAGAGGAACCAGACAAUGCUGCUCAAACCCACUGACAAGUUCCAGGCCCUGAGGAGGACCAGAGAGAAGCUCUGGUACUACCUGGAUCCCAUCCCCCCAUCAGCUCCCGAGGAGAGAGACACAACUCGGUUACGAGAGUUUAGUGACAGCAGCAGCUCAUCAUCAGCUGCCUCUGAUGUUGAGGACCUGGAGGAAAACAUCCAGCAGGAAGUGGACCGCCACAGCCUUGCCGAGCCUGAAUUCUCUGGACUGUGGGACCAGAAUUACAAGACGCUCUUCAAGGCGACGUCUGAGCAGAUGCAAAGAGAAGUAAAGCAAGAGGAGCCUGAAAAGACCAGUGUGAAGCUCAACAUAUCUGCUAAAAAAGUUCAUGGAAAAGAGUUCAAAGUGCCUUUCUUCAUCAGUAAACCAGAGGUCAUCCUCUUCAAGAACUUUGAAGUGGGACAAAAGUAUAAGAAGAAAAUCAUCUUGACCAACAUCAGCUACACCGUUAACCACUGCAAGCUUCUCAGAGUUUCCGCUCAGCUGAAGGACUUUAUCUCUAUCAACUUUGAGCCUCCUGGUUCCCUGGCUACUGGGAUGGCUUGUGAUCUACAGGUUGUUUUCCAACCAAUGAUCAACAAGGACUUAGAAGGAGAGAUCCAGUUUGCAUCAGCAGUUGGUCCCUUCUCUGUGCCCAUCAGAUGCACUAUAAAGAAAUGUAACCUGAAGGUUGACAGCCAGUUCAUUGACUUUGGGUCGCACGUCGUGGGCCAGACUGUUUCACGGACUAUCACCUUGACCAACAAGGGUGCACUGGCCACCCUCUUCAGCCUGGACACGUCCCCGUGUCUCAGUCCAGAAACUCGAGAUGUCCAGAUGCCAUCCCAGGUCUCAGCCAAAACCUGCCAGGUGACAUGCAGUCAGAGCACGGCAUCUAAUAACUACAAGGACGCUGCAGAAAUCCAACCAAAGCAACAGAGUGAGGAGCUCUCUGAGACAGUACAGGAGGAGCAAACAGCAUCAGAGGCUUCAGUGACGUGCCCGGAAGCAGUUCCAGAGGCUUACCUGCCCUCACAUGUCAACAUCCAGACAGACCAGAGCCCCUCAGACUCCAGUGACAUAAGACUAGGAAAUGUGAGAGAGGGAGAGGUCAGACCAUUUGAAAGCAUCAAACUGGAGAUUGUAUUCACGCCAACCGUCCCAGGAGACAACAAACUGGAUUUUCACAUCAAAUUCUCUGACAUAACCACCACACCAAUAUCCAUCCAGGUGAGGGGUGUGGCAGUCAGCAUCCCUGUGUGGGUAGUUGAGCCCAAUAUUGACCUGAAGAUCUGCACAUUUGAUCGUCUUUUUCAAGACACUAUUGUGGUCCAAAGCAGAGCCAGCACAGCUAUGAAACUGACCUUUGAAGUAUGCCCAGAAAUGAGGAAACACAUGGAGAUCCUACCAAAGACUGGCUUCAUCCAGGCUCAAUCAAGCUUUAAUGCCCAGCUGAAGUUCAUGCCGAGACGUUCCCUAUCCACAGAUGCCAAGAAAUUUUUUGAUAGUGAUACGGGAGUUCUGGAGGUUCCAAUGACAGUGCAAGUGGCAGACCAGGUGCAGCCUGCCCAUUUCACAGUCCACGCAGUUGUGACCUCCUCAGACCUGCAGUUUGACCAGACUGAGGUGGACUUUGGCUACUGUUCCAUUUACCAGUCGGUCAAGAGCAGCAUUCAUCUUAGCAAUAUAUCCCUCCUACCACAAGACUUUGGCUUUGUGGGUGUCCCAGAGUUUAUUGAGAUCAAGCCCAAUGAUGGAUUUGGUACUCUGCUUCCACAAGAAACCCUGGAGAUUGAUCUGAUUUUCAGCGCUAAAAUGGCCAAAAAAUACCAUUUCCAACUCAACUGCAAGUCUGGAAUGAACAGAGAUUUUCUGCUGCCUUGCCGAGCAGUGGGCGUCCACCCGCCACUGGAGCUCUCCCAUUCCCUGGUCCAGUUUGGAGCCACAGCAGUAGGUGACCACGCCACUGCCACAGUUUACCUGACCAACCAUCACACUGACCGUUUCCAGUCCAAACAACCAGUGGGCAAAGACAGCAUGGCUCCUGCAGUACACAGGCUGUUUUCUUUUGCCCUACCAGAGAAUUCCGACAUCACCAUCACUCCACUUGCAGGACGGCUUCUCCCCGGAGAGAGAUGUCUAGUCCAGGUGAUAUUUAGUCCCACUCUGUUGGACAAGGAGAUCAAAGAAGAGGCACUGCAUCGCCUUCACCGAGCCAAGUUGCUCCGUGAGAAGGAGCUGGAGAGAAACAAGCAUGCUGAGACUCAAAAAGAGAUCCCAGUGGAACCCAGUAAAGGGAAAAAGGCAUCUGUGAAUCCCAAGAACAGCAAGAUGUCCGGUGACCCAAAGACAGACAAACUACCUGAAUCACCAGAUUCUGCAAAUAUACAGCCAGGGUCCGAGCAGUAUGAGGAGGCAAAGGACUCUCUGUUGUACUCUUUCAGUCGACGCUACAGAGAGUACACCAUCCCCUGCUUUGUGUCAGAUGGAGACCCUCCAGAGGAAGACAGGCAGGCCCAGCCGACAUGGAGUCCCAUCAAUACACUCUACAUGAAGCUCCAGUGUGCUGCUGUACAGCCCCCUCUAGUGGUGACCUCCAACAAUGGACACAAUAUCAUAGACUUCCAGCAGGUGGCAGUGGGAGAGAAAGCAAUUAAAAAGUUAACAGUUCAGAACAUUUCAAAGGAAUCACUGGAUCUGAGGUCAUCAGUAUUGGACACGCAAGGUCCUUUUUCCCUUCUCAGUGCUCUCAGAUGCAUAAGACCUGGAGAAAAACAUACUUUAAUACUGGCCUUCAGUCCCACUCUGGACAAAAAGUACCUUGAAAUGCUGGAGGUGCAAAGCCAGAAGAUGACGUUGGAAAUGACUCUGCGUGGGGAAGGCGUUGUCCCUGCUGUCAUCUCGUCCCACACUGGAGGUCUCCUUGACUUUGGCUAUGUGUUGGAAAAAGAGACAACCUCACAAGUUGUGAAGUUACAGAACGACUCACCUUUAGCCGUGGGUUUCAGGGUGCUGCUGGCUAGUCUUUCUCCUUCCAGGCCUUGUGGUGGAGCUGACAGGGUGGCCCUGCUGUUAGACAGAUACGUAGACUCUCGGGACCAGUCUCCUGUAGGGAGCCAAAACUACAGUGGGCUGAGUGUGUUCAGUGUGGUGCCAGGAGAGGGCAGCAUUGCUCCAGGACAGAGCCAAGACAUUACCAUCACCUUCCAGCCAGACCACCUGUCUGUCAACUAUUCUGACAAACUCACUAUAAUGCUCAAGAAUAAGAGUAAAGUGUGUGUGCUGGAUCUGAAAGGUGCGGCCUCUUUACAUAACAUGUAUGUAUCUGGAGGAGACCUGCUGACUGUGCCUAUUGAGUCCCUCCUCCCUUCGCUAAUAACAGAUCAACCUCAGCUCACAGCAGAGUCAGAAGCGGUGGAGAGGCCCAGUAUCCCUUUGCUGGUGACCCUGCAGGCUAACUACUGUGCAGGUGUCAUCACACCUGCAGUCAGGGAGCUGCAGGUGGGCUGCAUCCGCUCCACUCAGUCCACUAAGAAGAGUGGGGAGUUUUACUGGGAUAACAUGACAUCCCUGCAGCAGCAUGGCUUCACUGUGGAGCCCUGCAAAGGCAACGUGGAGGCAAGCCACAAACGCACCAUCACCAUCACAUGGACUCCUCACAGUGGAUAUAAGCCCUAUGAGGUGGUGCAGUUGUGUGUGCCUCUCGCUGUAAAGGGCGACGAGACGAAUGUUUACAGAGUCACCCUGAUGGCUUCAGUGUCCAUGUGUGCUGACUGACCUCUACAAUGCCUGGACUGUGGCCAGUGGGAAGUCUACUCUCACGUACACAGACAAAAUACAUAAAAGCAUGUGAUAUAUUGUGUAUAACCAACAUCAACAAAUACACGUAUUCUUUAUUAAAUGUUUUGUCUGAGGAUCUUAUUUGACAUCCACAUACUUUGAUAUUUGUAAAUACACACACACACACACACACACACACACAAUAAAGUAUACAACUGAAAUGACUUCACCUCCUACUACACCACUAAUGCAUCUGUGAUCACUGACACAAAAUUGAAAACACUGUAAUCACUGAGGCAAAACUGGAGGGUAGGGUGUCUGGUGGACAUACAGGAUAUGAUAAGAAUGAAAGAUUUGAAUGCUGAUAAUGAAACAUGCAUUGACUUCUGUUGCACUGAGUUUCUACUGUAGGGCCUGCAUUCUUAUUUAUACUGUAAAUACACGCUAUGCAUUGCAAAAGUUUGCCUUUGCUGUGCUCAGUUUUCCCACCAUGUGCAAAACUUUAAAAAUAAAAAAGCUGCUGGCUUAA